GCUACUGGGUCAUGUGGUGUGUGUGUGUGUGUGUGGGUCGAGUCCAGAUUGUGCAGCUCUGUGCUGCAAAGAUAAUACGAGAGUAGGAGCCCUCUACAACGAUCUUUGCUGUGUUGAGGGACAUUGGUACAAGCGGAAUAAUGGGACUCUCCUCCUCGCACCUCUCUAAGAUUGACAACCUCGCAGAAAUCAUGGAAGAGACAGGCUUUUCCAAGACCCACAUCAGUCGUCUGUACAAUCGGUUCCAGGGGCUGGACGAGAGCAACAGGGGGAGUCUGAGCCGGGCUGACUUCCAGCGCAUCGGAGGGCUGGCCGUGAAUCCCCUGGGAGAGCGGAUCAUCAACGCCUUCUUUUACGACGGAAGGGACACAGUGGAUUUCCGCACCUUUAUCCGCAUCCUGGCGUGCUUCCGACCCGUCAGAAAGAUCAAAUCACCGGAUCCUCUGUCUCCAGAACCAAUUAACAGCCGAGACAAUAAGCUGCGGUUUGCAUUCCAGCUGUACGAUCAGGACAGAGACGGAAAGAUCUCAAGGGACGAGCUGUACCAGGUUCUGUUCAUGAUGAUGGAAGCUGAGGUGACUGAAGACCAACUGGACAACAUCAUUGAUCGGACUAUUCAAGAGGCCGACCAGAAUGGUGAUGGUACCAUCUCUUUCGAAGACUUCAAAAAGAGUCUUGAGAAGGUCAACCUGGAACACAAGAUGAGCAUCCGCUUCCUCCAGUGAGAUGAGGGAAGGGAACAGCUCGCUGCAACUAUGGGCUUGCCAACGGAC